AUGGCGGCUCACAUCAGCCACAACAGACUCAAGGCCAAGGGCGUGGGCCAACACAACAACGCCCACAACUACCGAAACCAGAGCUUUGAGGACCUGCAGGAGCUCUGUCUGAGGAAGGGGGAACUGUUCAAGGACCCCGCGUUUCCUGCUGAACCCACUUCUCUGGGCUUCAAGGACCUGGGCCCCAACUCCAAAAAAGUGCAGAACAUCAGCUGGCAGCGGCCCAGGGAAAUCACAAGCAACCCUCACUUCAUUAUGAACGGGGUCAGCCCCACGGACAUCUGCCAGGGGGUGCUGGGGGACUGCUGGCUGCUGGCUGCCAUCGGCUCCCUCACCACGUGCCCCAAGCUGCUGUACCGCGUGGUGCCCAAGGGGCAGAGCUUCAAGAAAAACUAUGCUGGCAUCUUCCAUUUUCAGAUUUGGCAGUUUGGGCAGUGGGUCGACGUGGUGGUGGAUGACCGGCUACCCACAAAGAAUGGCAAGCUGUUGUUUGUGCACUCGGGCGAGCGCGCUGAGUUCUGGAGUGCCCUCCUGGAGAAGGCGUACGCCAAGCUGAGCGGGUCCUACGAGGCCCUGUCGGGGGGCAACACGAUGGAGGGCUUUGAGGACUUCACGGGGGGCGUGACCCACAGCUUCGAGCUGCAGCAGCCCCCGAAGAACCUGCUGAGGAUGCUGAGGAAGGCCAUAGACCGCUCUUCUCUCAUGGGCUGCUCCAUCGAAAUCACCAGCGAGAGCCAGCUGGAAUCCGUGACCCAGAGGAUGCUGGUGAGAGGACAUGCCUACUCAGUGACCGGCCUCCGGGAUGUCUCCUACCGCGGCAAUAUGGAAACCCUCCUUCGGAUCCGGAAUCCCUGGGGCCGAAUGGAGUGGAAUGGAGCCUGGAGUGACAAUGCCAAGGAGUGGGAAGAGGUGUCCCCAAACACUCGGAAGCAGCUGCUGCACAAGAUGGAGGACGGGGAGUUCUGGAUGUCCUACCAAGACUUCAUGAGGAAUUUCACUUCCCUGGAGAUCUGCAGCCUGAUGCCCGACGCGCUCUUGGGGGACUACAAGAGCUGUUGGCACACCACCUUCUACGAGGGCAGCUGGCGGCGGGGCAGCACAGCGGGGGGCUGCAGGAACAACCUCGACACAUUCUGGACCAACCCCCAGUUUAGGAUCUCUCUCCUCAAGGAGGACGACGACCUAGAGGAGGAUGAAGUCAUCUGCACCUGCCUGGUCGCCCUGAUGCAGAAGAACUGGCGGCAGGCGCGGCCCCAGGGGGCCCAGCUGCUCACCAUCGGCUUCGUCCUCUACAAGGUGCCAAAGGAGUUGCAGGACACCCAGGAUAUUCACCUGAAGAAGGAGUUCUUCCUGAAGUACCCGGACCAUGGCUUCUCGGAGAUCUUCACCACCUCGCGGGAGGUGAGCAGCCACCUCCAGCUGCCGCCGGGGGAAUACAUCAUCAUCCCCUCCACCUUCGAGCAGCACAAGGACGCCGACUUCCUGCUCCGGGUCUUCACGGAGAAGCACAGCGAGUCCUGGGAACUAGAUGAAGCCAACUGUGCCGAGAUACUCCAGGAGGAGGUCAUCUCGGAGAGUGACAUAGACCCGGACUUCAAGCGUCUGUUUGAGAGAGUGGCAGGAGGAGAGGACCUGGAGAUCGGCACGUACGCGCUCCACAGGCUGCUCAACAAGGUGGUCUCCAAACUCAGAAACUUCAAGUGCAAGGGCUUCGGCGUGGACGUGUGCCGCUGCAUGAUCAACAUCAUGGACAAAGAUGGCUCUGGCAAGCUAGGGCUUCCGGAGUUCCAGAUCCUGUGGAGAAAAAUCAAGAAAUGGACGGACAUCUUCCAAGAAUGUGACGAGGACAACUCGGGCACCUUGAACUCCUACGAGAUGCGCUUGGCAAUUGAGAAAGCAGGCAUCAAGGUGAACAACAAGGUGACGCAGGUGCUGGUGGCCAGGUAUGCAAAUGACGACAUGCUCAUGGAUUUCGACAGCUUCAUCAGUUGUUUCCUGAGGCUGAAAGCCAUGUUCACAUACUUUCUAACUAUGGACCCCAAGAAAACUGGGCAUAUCCAUCUGGACCUGGACCAGUGGCUGCAGAUAACCAUGUGGGGAUAGAGGGGCUGCAGGAGCCUGGCUACCUACCACCACCACCACCACCACCACCACCAACCGCCCAGAGAGGCGGGCACUCUUCGCACUCUCAACUCUGCGAUCUGCUGGUGGGAUGGGCAGCUGGGUCCCCGAGGCCAUGCCUACUCCAUCCUCGCACCUCCGCCCCCAGCACCCAGCUCAGUGUUUCUGUUUUUCCCCAGCCCGGCUCCUGGAUUCACCCCACAGCCUCUCCCUCUCAGCACCCUUUAUUAAAGGCUAAGUGAGACUUCCCCAGGACUCCUGGCGGGGAGGCUCUCCACACUUUCUGUCCUGCCCACCCCUGCCUGCUGCCCACCCCUCCUGGCAUGGCCUCUCUCUCCCGCUCAGGGGCAUUAAUAUAAUAAGCGACACGCGGUCCCCGCUUCCGUGUCUCUGUUUCCAUGCCAGGAACAGACUGGCGGGAGCGGGAGUCACUUCCCCAGUGACUAAAGAGGGGCCCCGGUAGCUUUCAGUUGGAGCGGUACCACCCGCCUCCAGGGAGCAUUUGAAAUGUGUGGUUGUCACCAAAGCCAGAGGGCAAUGCCAGGGGUGCCUUCCGCACAGCAGGCCCUGGGAACUGUAUGGAGCCUAUGAGUACCAGGGAGCGGCAUCGAGGGGAGGUCUGAGCCAGGGGCCAACCAAGCCUCCCACUGGAGCUGCGUGGGGGCCCUGAGCCUCCUCUCUCGUCUUAGGGGUCCCCAGGGCCCUGAGCCUCCUCUCUCAUCUCACCCCUCAAACUGAGAUCUCAGGAGGUGGCAUGGCAGGUGCCUCAAAGGUUAAAAAAAAUCCAGCAGCCGCAAAAGCCAGCAGGUCAGAAACGAACUGACUCCCUGAGUUGGAGGCUGGAAGGGGUGAGAAGUGUGGCCACAGGUCAGUUCACUCCUGCCCUGAAGGUGCUCAGGUUCGCAUCAUCAUUAUUGUUAGAAAAUUGCUCGUGCCAGACUAGUGCCCUCACGGGAAGCAUCAAGAAAUCCUAGUGUUACCGAAUUUACCAGGCGACCAAAGCAUACACAGGAGUACCGGAGUUACAGGAAAAACCCAUUUAUUUUCAGAUGUGUCGCAUGUACCGGUACAGUGACUCAGGGGAGACCGUUUCUCUCCAAACUCUGAGCAAACCAAUAUGAAGGAAGCUCUCCCUUUAUACCCUUUUGGUUUCUUUGUCCCCCAAAUAUGGAUGACACUUCCGGACCUUUCACGGGCUUUGCAUAAAGCCCCGUGUGUUGGUGUUGGGAUGGGGACCCUGAGACCACGCCUAAAGGCCUGGCCUGGCGCCAGCACUGAUAACACCAGCACUGAUAACCUUGUCUGGGGGUUGUGUAUUGCUCAUGGUUUAUGGCCUCUAUAAAAUGGGAGUAGUACUUAGGUAAACAGGUCUUGCAAGAUCAGAUCAUUAAGGAAGUGGCAGUGACUAGGCUAUAGGCUAACAGGAAUGUGCAUUAGGUUACUGGCACACAUUAAGAUUGCAAGCCCCCAAAAUGUCUUAUUUUCCCCCCUCACUAGGUCCACCAGUUCUUGACGUUAAAGCCUGCCCUAGAUGCCCUACCUCCCCACCCCACCCUCACCCCGGCCUCCUCCUGCCGGGAGCCCACAGAGACUGCCCGCUGAAGCCUCCAGGGCACUUCAGUCCUCCAUCUCUCCAUGGUCUCUCCAGCCCGGCCUGGGGCCUGGGCAUGAGGGCUUUGUAGCCACUUGGAUAGGGACAGCCUCCAAAUUCCCUUCAAUCAGGGACCUGUCAACCCCAAAUGAGCCCCCCUCCAUCCUGGUGGGUGCUCACUUCCAGCUUCCCGGGGUAGCUGGCUUCCUGCUCCACUGGCUCUGACCCACACCUCUCAGGCUUAGUGGGGUGUGUGGUUCCGGUCUCCCUGGAUCUGGUGACUGACUAGGCAUCAGCCUCCCCCCACCCCUCCCCCGCUCCCUACACCCCCCCCCCACUGACUUCAAAGACUAAACUGAAUCUGCUGCCCCUCCCCCCACCGCUCUCCCUCCCUCUGCUCCCUGCUGUCUUGUCUGAGAGAGAAGGUCACACUCUGUGAAGGAGUCUCUUAAAGACUGAUUUCCCCCACCCCCACCAUCUGCCACCCUUUCCCACAGAGCGGCCCUGGUGGAAACAAUGAUCCUUUGGGCAGUCCCUGUUGGUUCUGGGGAGCCUGGCCUUCGCUCCUGGCCCUAGGCGAGAUGCUGGCUGGGUGGCCUUGGACAGGUUCUUUUCCGUCUCUAGCAGCCAGCCUUUUUCUCUUCUGUCAAUUAAGGGUGGCAAUGCCUAUCUCGGAGGUGGGGGCAGGGUGGGAGGAACAACUGAGAUAAGGAAAGUGAAGCAGCGUGCUCAGUGCUUGGCACCGAGGAUGGGGAAGGGGCCGCAUGUUAAACCUGACAAGCUCGAGGCAGGCCUGCAUGGCGCCGAGUUCUGCUGGGCGAGGGCACGACACCACUCAGACGGCACCUGGCCCGACUCACGCUGGGGUGACUCAACUGAGGCCACCUGGCAAUCCAGAUCCCAUCUCUGACAAACUGCCAUUCUCCACAGCUGCUGCCCCCACUUCCUCCCGGUCCCUCUCCACAGCCUCCAAUUUCUCUGCAGAGAUGAAGCCACAAGAGAGGAACAGCUCAGCGCGCCUUCUCGGUCCGGCAGAAUACACCCACAGCUUCAUCCUCUGGUCUCUGAGAAAGAGGGGUCUAAGAUGUGCUAAAAAUCUUGCCAUGGCAACACAUGGAUGAAAUGUGGAGUGAAAUAAGUCAGACACAAAAAUAAACACCGUAUGCUCUCCCUUAUCUGUGAAAUCCAAACAGAAACAACAACACACACACACAGAACAAACUGGUGGUUGCCAGAGGCAGGGGUGGAGGGAAAUGGGUGAAUGUGGCCAGACGAUACAAACGCCCAGUUAUAAAAUAAGUCAUGGGAAUGUCAUGUCCAGCGCGGUGACUGUAGUUAGCAAUACUGUACUGCAUAUUUGAAAGUUGCCAGGAGAAUAGAUCUUAAAAGCUCUGUGGAUGAAAAGGGGCCACAAGCUAACCUGACAAGCUCAGGGAAGGCCUGUGUGGCGGCCUUGCAAAUUCAGAGACCUAAAGUAACCACAAAGGAUGGUCUGAAAUUAAAACUUUUUAACCAAAAGCAGUUGAUGGUGGGUAAUGAUGUCCUAGGCCAGCAUUUUCCCCGACAAAGGUCAAUCUUUACCCUCACUGAGCCUGUCCAUUGUCUUUUUGCAUCUAUGAUAACAUAUCAUUAGAAUGUCAAAGUAAUUUUCCUUUUUCCAGACCCCUCAAAGCACAGGCACCG